AUGGGUGUCGCCGCCACUAAGUGGGCGUCUGCAGGCGCUUCCGCCCCUGAGUGGGACCCUGGGAAUGCCACCACCCCGAAGAGGGCCCUAGAAGUGCCACCACCCCUGGGGGCAUCGCACGCCCCUGAAAGAGCCCCUGGGGGCGCCGACGCUUCUGGGAGGGUUACUGGGGGUGAUGCUAUAUCUGGGAAGGCCCCUAGUGGCGCCGCCGCUCCUAGGAGGGUCCUUGGGGGCGCCCCCGUUCCUGUGAAGUCCAGGGGCCCUUCAGGGGUCCAGGGGCCCUUCAGGGGUCCAGGGGAAAACUCAGAAUGCCAGAGGCCCAUAGGACCUCCCAGAAUCCCAAAAGCCCUCCCAUGGGCCCUGACGGGGAGACAGGGGCCCUCCCAGGAGCUUAGACGCAUUCAGGGGCACUCCCAGGGACCCAAAGCCACUUCCAGGGUCCUUCCCAGGGCCUCGAGUCAAGGGGCUCUCACAGAGGCACAGGGGCGCUCCUGGGGACCCAGGGACACACUCAGGGACCCUCCCAGGGACCCAGAAAUCUUCCCAGAGGCCCAGGGACAAUCACAGGAACCCAGAGGCCCCUCUAAGAGCCCAGGGGCCUUCCCAGGCGCUCAGGGGCACUCACAGAGCCCCAUUGGCACUCCCAGAGGCACUACCAGGGGUCCAAGAGCCACCACAAGGGGGCCAUCACAGGGAUCCAGUCGCCCUCCCAUGAUACCAGAAGCACUCCCAGGGGUCCAGAGGCCAUCCCAAGGGCCCAGGGGCACUCUCAGCGGCCCAGGGGCACUCUCAGGGGCCCAGAGGCACUUUCAGCGGCCCAACGGCCCUCCCAGGGGCCUAAAAGACAUCACCGAGGCCCAGGGGGGGCCCAGAGGAACUCCAACCAGUCCAGGAGCCCUUACAGAGGCCCAAGGGCUCAGGAGCACUCCGAGGGGGUCUAAUAAUACUCCUAGGGACCUAGGGGCCUUCCCAGGGGAUCAUGGGCCCUCCCCAGGUUCCAGGAGUAUUACUCGGGGCCCUUUCAAGAUCCUAGGGGCCUUCCCAGGGACCCUACCAGGGUUCCCGGGCUCUACUAGGGGCCCAAAGACACUCCUAGAGGCCCUCAUAGGGACCCCAGGGGUCCAGGUGCCAUUCCAGAGGCCCAAAAAACUCCUAGGGGCCCAUGGGUACUCCCAGGGACCCAGCGGUCCUCCCAGGGGCCCAAAAGACAUCACCAAGGCCAAGGGGGCAUCCCAAGGGACCAUGGGUACUCCAAGGGGCCCAGGGUCCAUUUCAGGGGCCCGGGGCAUUUCCAGGGACCCAAAGGCACUCAAAAGGGCCCCCAGAGGCCCACUGAGCAUCCCAGGGGACCAUGAGUUCUCCCAGGGGCCCAGGAGUCCACCCAGGACACACAGGAGCCCUAAGACUGGGGCUCAGCAGCACUCAGGUGCCCUCCCAGGGAUACAAAGGCACUCCCAGGGGCCUUCCCAGGACCUCGGGUCAAGGGGCUCUCACAUAGGGACAGGGGCGCUUCGGGGGCUCAGGGGCACAAUCAGGGACCCUUCCAGGAGCCCAGGGGCCUUCCCAGGCACCCAGUGGCACUUCCAGAGGCACGACCAGGAGUCCAGAAGCCCCCCAAGGGGGCCCAGCGGCUCUCCCAGGGGCCCAAAAGACAUCACCGAUGCCCAAGGGGCAUCCCAGGGUACUAGGGGUACUCCCAGGGACAUAGGGGCACUCCAAAGGGCUCUCCUAGGGGUCAAAAGGCCCAGGGACAUUCCCAGGGGCCCAAGGGUACUCAAAAGGCCUACUUGGCGCCCAGGCACACUCCCAAGGGCCCAGGGAAACACUCAGCAGUUCCGGGGCCCUCACAGAGACUCAGGGGCUCAUGAGCAAUCCCAGGGGCCCAAUGGCCCUCCUAGGGACCUAGGGGUUUUCUCAGGGGCCCAUGGGCCCUCCCGGGGUCCCAUGGGAAUUCUCAGGGUCCCCAGGGGCCCAUGGGCCAUCCCAGGGUCCCAGGGGAAUUCUCAGGUGCCCCAGCGGCCCAUGGGCCAUCCUAGGGCGCCCCACUGGCCCACCGAGCUACUCGGGCAGCCCCUGGGGGGACUCGGGCAGCCCCUGGGGGAACUCGGGCAGCCCCCGAGGGAACUCAGGCAGCCCCCUGGGGAACUCCAGCAACCCUCGGGGAGACUCAGGCAGCCCCCGGGGGAACUCAGGCAGCCCCUGGGGGAACUCAGGCAGCCCCCGGGGGAACUUAGGCAGCCCCUGGGGGAACUCAGGCAGCCCCCGGGGGAACUCAGGCAGCCCCCGGGGGAACUCAGGCAGCACCCGGGGGAACUCAGGCAGCCCCUGGGGGAACUUAGGCAGCCCCCGGGGGAACUCAGGCAGCCCCUGGGGGAACUCAGGCAGCCCCCGGGGUGUGAAACUAUAAAUUUAGAAGUCCAGAAACCCAUGUUGCCUGUGAUGUGGUGCACAGAAGAGGUCCUAAGACCCGUGUUAGGUCUAAUGUGUGACAAAGUUGGAGCAGAGAGCUGUGUUUGUGUUAGGUGGAGUUAUGAUUCACCUGCUUCAGGUAGUGAGGAGAACACGGGAGCCUCCCCUUUAGUUAACGCCCGCCGGUCAACAAAACUUAGAGCUCUUGCCGGCGAUGUCACACGCUGGAACACCUAUACAAAUGCUACUUGCAGCAUUCUAAGUCCUACAGAAAUUGCCAGAGACAUCUUCUGA